GAUAUGCCUGUCAUAUGCUCUAAUACCUUUCUACCAUUAAAACCCUGUGAACCCAGGAGAGACCAGUAGAAGAAGCAGUGAAAUGUCCAAAUAUAGAAGCCACAAUAUAGAGUGAGGAUUUAGGGAAAGAUGCUUCACUUAAGAUUCUUUGACACAGGUUCAGAAUUGGAUUAUCUGCCUAGUUCCCAUGAUGCAUGACCUUGAUGCAUGUCAAUCCCAAGUCCCUUUCUCUUCUGACUUUUCUCUGGGGUUGGUUGUCAUACCCUAACAGCAGCUUUCCAGAACAGGAAUUCAUCCUCCCUAUCCCUGUGGCCCUUCAAUCCAGUGUAGAUACUCUGGCCCUGCAGGAGGGAGAGUGGGGUCUGGGUCAGGUGCAGUAGAGGGAAUAGAGGAUUAUUGAGCCUGAUUACAACACACAACACAUGCUCUUUUGUUGCCAGCACCUUUCACCCUUUCUCCCAAACACAAACAGUCUGAUCUUCCUGGGCAGGACAUCAUCAGUUAUCAGAUCUUUGAGUUCUCCCAGGCUCACAUGUUUGCGUAACCUGUAAAGAAACACCUAUGUUGUCAUUGAUCCUAAAGGUUUAGCUCAUAAAAGCAACACCAUGUCAAACACUCCACCCCCUAGUCUCAGACAGUCUAGAAUCCCCUCUCUCUCAGACACAUGGAGAGUAUGGAGCUGGUCCAGAGAGGUGACUAAGGUGGACAUAUUGUAGCUCUUCCUGCGAGACUUACAUCUAUAGCCUUGAGUGCUUCAAGCAAAUGUGGACAUAAAUUGUAUGGAAAAUGAAGUGGAAGUGCUCUGUUGAAAUCACACUUCUGUACCUGCUUUAGAAUUUUAUAUUCAGCACAGGCAACUAAAGAAACAACACAGAAUGGAGUACUGGAACUCCACCUCGGGCAGUGGCUUUGUAUUGAUGGGGAUUCUGAAUGACAGUGGGUCUCCUGAACUGCUCUGUGCCACAAUCACAGUCCUGUACAUGUUGGCCCUGACCAGCAAUGGCCUGCUGCUCUUGGUCAUCACAAUGGAUUCCCGGCUCCACGUGCCCAUGUACUUCCUGCUCGGGCAGCUCUCACUCAUGGACCUUCUCUUCACGUCUGUUGUCACUCCCAAGGCCCUCAUGAGUUUUCUGCGCAGUGAAAACACCAUCUCCUUUGGGGGCUGUGCCCUUCAGAUGUUUCUGGCACUGAUGCUGGGUGGUGCAGAGGAUCUGCUAUUGGCCUUCAUGGCCUAUGAUAGAUAUGUGGCCAUUUGUCAUCCUCUGAACUAUGUGGUCUUCAUGAGGCCAAGGGUCUGCUGGCUCUUGGUGGCCACAGCCUGGCUAUUGGCCUCCUUAUGUGCCUUUGUUUAUACCCUGUAUACGAUGCACUAUCCCUUCUGCAUGUCCCGGAAGAUCAGGCACCUGCUCUGUGAGAUCCCACCUUUGCUGAAGUUGGCCUGUGCAGAUACCUCCAGAUAUGAACUCUUGGUGUAUGUGACAGGAGCGACUUUCCUUUUUCUUCCUCUUUCUGCCAUUGUUUCCUCCUAUGCACUAAUCCUGUGUACUGUGCUUCGAAUGCCCUCAAGUGAGGGGAAGCAGAAAGCCCUAGUCACCUGCUCUUCCCACCUGACGGUGGUUGCGAUGUUCUGUGGAGCUGCCACAUUCAUGUAUGUCCUGCCCAGUUCACUCCACAGCCCCAAGCAAGACAACAUCAUCUCUGUUUUCUACACGGUUGUCACUCCAGCUCGGAACCCCCUUAUUUACAGCCUGAGGAAUAAGGAGGUCAUGGGAGCCUUGAAGAGAGUCCUGGGAAAAUACCUGCUGUGACACACUCCACCAUCUAGGGAGAGCUUAUGGCUGGCCCCCAAAAUUCAUUUCUCUUCAAAGUCAGAUUUCUGCUGAUUCCCACAGCGGAAACACCAUAAUGCAAAGGGAAUCUUUUAGUAGUAAAAUGAAGGAAUAUAAUUUGACUUGUCAAAUGAAUUUGUGUGUCUGUAUUUUUACCAUUUUAUUUUUUGAAGUGUAGUUGACUCAGACUAUUACAUUAUUUUCAGGAGUGCAGUAUAGUGAUUUGACAGAUCUAUACUUUAUGGGAUGGUCACCACAAAUACCACAUAUUACCCUACAACACUAUUAUAGUAUCAUGGACUACAGCCCUUUAUCCCCACUGAACCUUUUAUUCUGGUGACUUAUUUAUUCUAUAACUGAAGCCUGUAUCUCCCAUUGCUUUUCAACCAUUUUCACCAUUCUUCAAUCCCCUC